AGGGAAGAGCUCUGUAGCACUGCACUCAGCAUUUCCCUAGGAGCUGGUUACACAGAGCACACUGCACUCUUGCUAGGAGCGUAGAUGCGGUUCCGGGUUUGCCAGGCAUUCCGGGUUCCCGAGCUGCUGCUGCUGCGCAGGGGAUUAGUCGAUACUAUCUGGUCAGCCUGUUAAAGGACGACUUUUUUUUUACCUAAGCGACGACAAUGGCAGGGUCUCGAGCUUGAAAAAUGGACGCAUAGAGAGAAUCUUCGUGACGUGUAGGAAGGAAGUAAAAUUUUAGUCAGCCGGCUAACAUGGACGUCUAGUUUUGAGGCGCCUCAAAACCGGCUAACAUGGACGACUUUAUCGACCUGAGCGACGACCAAUGGGAGCGUCUCGAGCGUGGCGAGCACAUCCCUUCUCCAACCUGCGUCAGUAGCGCUGGCGCCGCCGAUAAUCCCGCCGCGAAUCCCGCCGGUGAUCGCGGCGGCGAUUGCGGCCGGCCGAUGGAUCCGCGUUUGGCGCUAGAGCUAGAGGACGAGCGGGAAGACGUCGAAGCGCGGCUGCAGAAGAUACAGGAGGAGGUCGAAGCGCUCUUAGAGGAGCAGGAGCAGCUGAUUAAGAGGCGCGAGGAGAUUAACUGCAGGUUGGAGGCUUCUGCUGCCGCUGCGGCCGCCUGGACUGCUGCUAAUAACGCGGAUGCUAGUAACGGAGCUAUCAAUGAAAACGCCGGGGGCACAAACGCUGGUGGCAGUGGUAGUGGUGCAAAAGCUGACCUAGGGGUAUCCGUGGGUGUGCGGGGAGCAGGAGGAGGAGAAGGAGGAGCAGGGUUGGAAACGCAGGCGAGAUGGCAAGCUCCCUUUGAGUGGGACGGUCAGGUGGCGGCAAUUGGGCGAGAUGUGUUUGGGAUCGGACGGUUCAGAUCGCAGCAGAGGGAGAUCGUCAACGCCGUCUUGUGCAAGAGGGAUGUGUUUGUCAUCAUGCCAGCAGGGGGCGGAAAGAGCCUCUGCUACCAGCUACCUGCUCUCCUUUCUCCGGGCAUUUCCCUUGUCGUCAGCCCGCUGCUGUCGCUCAUUCACGACCAGGUCAUGUGUCUUUCUGGCUUUGGCGUGCCAGCAGCCAUGCUAACAUCAACAACGUCCAAGGAGGAGGAGAAAGAGAUCUACGCAACUCUUGAGUUUGGAGAGUUGGGUGGAAGUUGCGGAGGGGGAAGGGGAAGGGGAAAGGGAAGGGGGAGGGGAGGGGGAAAGGGAGGGAGUGUGGGGAGAGGAAGGGGGAAGGGUGAAACAGGAAAGUUGGAUAAGGGGAAGGGGAAGGGGAGAGGUGGAGGGAGAAGGGGAGGAAGCGGCAAAGGAAAACGGAAGAGAGGUUCGGAAUCUGAGGAGGAGGAGGAGGAGGAGGACGAGAGUGAGGAUGAGCAGUGGGGUAAAGGAGAAGCAGAGGAAGCAAAUGGGAGGGGAGUGGAAGCGGGGUUGGCUCAAGCGCCGGGAGCAGGAGCGGGGCUGAAGCUGCUGUAUGUGACGCCAGAGAAGGUAGCGAGGAGCAAGCGGUUCAUGUCCAAGCUGGAGAAGUGCCACGCAGCUGGCCGCCUGUCACUCAUCGCCAUUGAUGAGGCGCACUGCUGCAGCCAGUGGGGUCACGACUUCCGCCCCGACUAUGCGCAUCUCUCAGUUCUCAAGAAGCAGUUCCCCAAGACGCCCAUGCUCGCCCUCACAGCAACAGCCACAGAGCGAGUGAGGGACGAUGUGAGGGACAUGCUGCAAAUGCGCCGCUGCGAGCUCUUCGUUUCCUCAGUCAACCGCCCCAAUCUAUUCUACGAGGUGCGGGAGAAGCCUGCUAAUGCAGCAGCAGCAGUGGAUGCUAUAGCUCGUUUCAUUCUGGAUCACUAUGCCCCUUCUGACUCGGGCAUCGUCUACUGCUUCUCAAGGAAGGAGUGCGAACAGGUAGCAUCAGACUUGUCGCUCCGAGGAAUACCAGCAGCGCACUACCAUGCCGAUAUGGACCCCACCCACCGCACCCAUGUGCACGUCAGCUGGAGCCGGGGGGAAAUCCAAGUCAUUGUGGGCACUGUGGCGUUUGGAAUGGGUAUUAACAAGCCUGACGUUCGAUUUGUGAUACACCAUACGCUCAGCAAAUCCAUAGAGACUUACUACCAGGAGAGUGGUCGGGCAGGCAGGGAUGGGCUGCCGGCUCGUUGCAUUCUCUUCUUUCGAUGCGCCGACCUUCCGAGACAGAGCAGCAUGGUUUUUCCAGAGAAUGCUGGGCUCAUCAACCUGUAUGCCAUGGGGCGAUAUGCCAUGAAUCGCCGGGAAUGUCGACGCACGGCCAUCUUCAAGCACUUUGGGGAGGAGCCGAGAGAGUGCGAAGGCAUGUGCGACAUUUGCAGUGGAGGAGGGGCGAACAGCUCUCACGACUUCACACCCCACGCCCGCUCCAUCCUUGAGUUUGUUCAAGCCACCCAAUCGUCCAAGGAGCGAUCCCUCACGCUCUUGCAGUUGACUGAUCAAUGGAGAGCCGGAGGGAGAGGAGGAGGAGGAGGAGGGGGAGGGGGAAGAGGAGGAGGGGGGGAGGGGGAGGAGGAGGAGGGGGGGAGGGGGGGGAGGAGGAGGGGGGGAGGGGGAAGAGGAGGAAAGGCAGGGGGAAGAGGGAGUGGGAAGGGAGGGGGGAUGGGAGAAGAGGAGAGCUGGGGAUCGUUGGUGAAAUUUAUUUCUAAGGAGACGACAGAGCAGCUUGUAACGCAUAUGCUGCUGUCCUCCGUGCUGAGGGAGGAGUUCCAGCACUCACCAUAUGCCACAAACGCCUACCUGCUUCCGGGCCGCAAUGCACAUCGCGUUCUCUCAGGCCAAAUGCGAGUCACCAUGGACGUGCCCAAGCAAGCAACUUCUGCAACCCCUUCUGCUGCUGCUGCUGCUACAGCCGCCAAUGCUACCGCCAUUGCUCAUUCCAAUUUGCCAUCCACAGCCACUGCCACCACCGCCGCCACCAAUACUACCAGUGCCGCCACUGCCGCAUCUGACGCGCAGCUCUCUCGGCGUCUCGACCAAUUGCGUCGUUCCAUCGCCUCUCAGCACGGGGGCUUGUUCCCCCACGCCGUGCUCUCCUCCCACCAUCUCUCCGCUCUCUCUCAAUCCAAGCCAGCCACCGUACCUCAGCUUAUAGAUGUUAUCGGGCAGAGGCGAGCAGAUCAAUUUGGGGAUCAAAUAUUAGCAAUCAUUGUUGAGCAUGUAGAGCACACACGCUGGGCCAAGAGUGAUGAAGAUUCACCUGAAGGUACUGACGCUGCUCAAGCAGAGGGUGCAAGAAGACACUCUGGGGCCGAAUGUAAUGGCGAAACAGAAGCUGCCGUAGGAGCCAUGCAUGAUGCCAGGGAAGUAGGAGACAAAAACAAGCUGUCCUUUGAGGGAAAUGAGGUGUCUAAGGCAGGAAAACGAGCCGCUGGGCGUGUUCUUCCGCGAACUCUUUCUAGGGGUAGAUAGUGUGGUAUCCAUGGAAUGUUGCAAAUCAUAAAUGAAGUGAGUUUCU